AUGGCAAGAAAGAAACUUCAAUCCUAUGUUUACAACCAAAACUUAUAUCCAAAAGCAUGUUUACCACAACAACCGUGUCGAACUCAAUUAAAAAAACCUAACUUGACAAGCAGGAAGUACGAACCAGUUGGGAUCCGGUGUCUGAAAGGAUAUAAAUCUGAUACUGAAACUCUGUGGCUACUUUUAUACCAACAAUUAUAUCAAGAUGAUGCAGGCAAUAAAUUGAAAUCAUCGAAAUUGGAACCAACAAUGAACAAUUUCAAAGGGGCUGCUCAUCCUGAAGAUAUAUCAUUAGUCAAACCCGUGGAAUCUGAAUAA